AUUGUUGUCUUCUGUCAAAAGUUGGAAUUAUAAGGCGAAGUCAGUCUGAAAGCAGUGAACGUUAAAAAUUUUAUAACUUUUCUAAGUUAUAUCGCAGUGUUUUUUCUUGAAUUACAAUAAGAAUAUUUUAUAAAUUAAAAUAAAUCUAAAGUUAUGGCUGAUAAGAAAAAAGGAAGCACAAGUAAUGCACCGGAGGAUUUGUCUACCGCUAUUCUCAAAAGGAAAGAUCGUCCAAAUAGGCUCAUCGUUGAAGAGGCAAUCAAUGAUGAUAACUCAGUGGUUGCUCUUUCGCAAGCUAAAAUGGAUGAACUUCAGUUAUUUAGGGGGGACACUGUUUUACUCAAAGGAAAGCGAAGAAAAGAGACUGUGUGCAUUGUUCUCUCUGAUGAAACCUGCCCAGAUGAGAAAAUUCGAAUGAACAGAAUUGUGAGAAACAAUCUCAGAGUUCGUCUCUCAGAUGUAGUAUCUAUUCAAGCAUGUCCAGAUGUGAAAUAUGGAAAAAGAAUUCAUCUCCUUCCCAUCGAUGAUACUGUUGAAGGUCUUGUCGGAAAUUUAUUCGAAGUAUAUUUGAAACCAUACUUCCUUGAAGCAUAUAGGCCUAUUCACGUUGAUGAUGUUUUUGUUGUGAGAGGAGGUAUGAGAGCAAUUGAGUUCAAGGUCAUCGAGACAGAUCCUACUCCAUAUUGUAUUGUCGCUCCAGACACAGUGAUACAUUGUGAUGGGGAUCCAAUCAGUCGGGAGGAAGAGGAGGAAUCUCUUAAUUCAGUAGGUUAUGAAGACAUUGGAGGAUGCAGGAAGCAAUUGGCUCAAAUCAAGGAGAUGGUUGAGCUUCCAUUGCGUCAUCCUUCUUUGUUCAAAGCUAUAGGUGUUAAGCCACCUCGUGGUAUCUUGCUCUAUGGACCUCCCGGUACUGGUAAAACACUUAUUGCUAGAGCCGUUGCAAAUGAGACAGGCGCAUUCUUUUUCCUGAUCAAUGGACCUGAGAUUAUGAGCAAAUUGGCGGGAGAAUCUGAGAGUAAUUUGAGAAAGGCAUUUGAAGAAGCCGAUAAGAACUCGCCAGCUAUAAUUUUCAUCGAUGAAUUGGAUGCUAUCGCGCCAAAACGUGAAAAGACUCACGGAGAAGUUGAAAGACGUAUUGUUUCCCAACUUUUGACCCUUAUGGAUGGUAUGAAGAAGAGCUCUCAUGUUAUUGUUAUGGCUGCCACAAACAGACCUAACUCCAUUGACCCUGCUCUGAGGAGAUUUGGAAGAUUUGACAGAGAAAUUGACAUUGGUAUUCCUGAUGCUACAGGAAGAUUAGAAGUUUUGAGAAUACAUACUAAAAACAUGAAAUUAGCUGAUGAUGUAGAUUUAGAACAAAUAGCUGCAGAAACACAUGGUCAUGUGGGUGCUGACUUGGCAUCUUUGUGCUCAGAGGCAGCUUUACAACAAAUCAGGGAAAAAAUGGACCUCAUCGACUUGGAAGACGAUCAGAUCGACGCCGAAGUACUGAACUCUCUGGCCGUCACCAUGGAGAACUUCCGUUACGCCAUGUCUAAAAGUAGUCCGAGUGCUCUACGUGAAACCGUUGUCGAAGUUCCUAACAUCACUUGGGACGAUAUCGGUGGUCUCCAGAACGUCAAGAAGGAAUUGCAAGAAUUGGUUCAGUACCCAGUUGAACAUCCGGAUAAGUUCCUCAAGUUCGGCAUGCAGCCAUCUCGCGGUGUCCUGUUCUACGGACCGCCCGGUUGCGGUAAGACUCUCCUCGCCAAGGCCAUCGCUAAUGAGUGCCAGGCCAACUUCAUCUCUGUUAAGGGACCCGAGUUACUCACCAUGUGGUUUGGAGAAUCUGAAGCCAAUGUCAGAGAUAUAUUCGACAAGGCCCGGUCUGCUGCUCCAUGUGUGCUCUUCUUCGAUGAAUUAGAUUCUAUUGCCAAAUCGAGAGGUGGAAGUGUGGGAGAUGCUGGAGGUGCAGCUGACAGGGUAAUAAACCAGAUUUUAACUGAAAUGGACGGUAUGGGCGCCAAAAAGAAUGUUUUCAUCAUUGGAGCCACAAAUAGGCCAGACAUCAUCGAUCCCGCUAUUUUGAGACCUGGACGUCUAGAUCAAUUAAUUUAUAUUCCAUUGCCUGAUGAGAAGUCACGUGAGGCAAUCUUUAAGGCAAACCUUAGAAAAUCGCCUGUUGCCAAAGAUGUAGAUCUCGUUUAUAUCGCUAAGGUGACACAUGGAUUCUCAGGUGCCGAUUUGACUGAGAUAUGUCAAAGGGCUUGCAAACUUGCCAUCCGUCAAAGUAUCGAGUCAGAGAUUAGGAGGGAAAGAGAAAGGGUUGAGAGUACGAGCCUUGCCAUGGACUUGGAUGAUGACGAUCCAGUCCCAGAGAUAACCAAGGCUCAUUUCGAAGAGGCGAUGAGGUUUGCUAGGCGGUCUGUUACCGAUAACGAUAUCCGUAAAUACGAAAUGUUCGCUCAAACUCUUCAACAGUCGAGAGGAUUUGGAACAAACUUCCGCUUCCCAACAGCUGCUGGACAAUCUGCGACACCUGGCGGUACAGGUGGAGAUCAGGGCAACUUCCAAGAUGAUCCGGAAGAUGAUCUUUAUAGUUAAGCACUCUGGAAAUUAUGCACCCCUUUUUAUAUUUAUCCCCUUCAAUUUUUUCAGUUUAGAUAAUUUCAAAUUGAUAAUAAUGUACCAUUAUUAUAAUUUUGAUUACGAUAAAAGUUUGUAAAGUUA